CACACAUCCAAAUAAUAACAAAGUCAACAAUAUGGAGGGGUACAAAUACAUGAUGUAUCUUGUCUUGUUUCUUUUGUUCUGGUCCCCUGUUCAAUUAAAGGAUUGUUGCAGUAACAACAAAUUAAUGAGAAGUAUAAAAUACCAGUUUAAUCUUAUGAAUCCUGAUGAAUGCGGGAGUGAAACAAGCGCCGAUCGUGUAAAGUCAGCUUUCUCAGCCAAAUUACACAAACAUCUGACAAAGGUGCCACUGCAUACAAAAAUUAUUUUUGGCACCGUUAUAACAAACAUGGGGGCCAAUUAUGAUAAAACAACUGGCGUGUUCACAAGCCCACGUGAUGGUACAUUCUACUUUUCCUGGACGAUGUAUACAAACCCUGGUGGAAGCUGUCCUACUGAACUUAUAAAGAAUGGUAAUCCUGCUGGGUUCGCAAAUCAUACUUGGAAUGAAGGUAGUAAAUGGAGCCAUUCAUCGACACAGUCAGCUGUCCUUUCUUUGAAGAAACAUGACAAAAUUUGGAUAAGAAUGGCACGAAAUGGUAGCGGAUACUGCUACAGUGGGAUAUGGACUUCAUUUAAUGGAUUCGAGAUUUAAAUUUAAAUCAAUAAAUCCAUUUAAGUUUAAAUAA